UGAUUAGUUAUUGAACCUCCUUGCAUUUUUAAAGUUUUGAAGAUAGUGAAUCAUGUUCCUGUUUAUGUUUUUUCCUACCCUGUUUUCUUCCAUAUUUACUGAACCUGGGAAGCAAAAUUGGGUCUGCAACUCCUCCGAUGCAAGUAUUUCAUACACCUACUGUGAUCACAUGGACUAUCCUAUUUCAAUUAAUGUUAACCCCUGUAUAACAUUGAAGGGAACCAGAGGACUUUUGCAUAUUUACUACAUUCCAAGGAGAGACUUAAACAAAUUAUAUUUCAAUCUCUAUAUAUCUAUCAACUCUAUGGAGCUUCCGAAGCGCAAAGAAGUUAUUUGCCGUGGAUCUGAUGACAUUUAUUCUCUUUGCAGAGCUCUGAAAGGAGAGACAGUGAAUACAACAAUAUCAUUCUCCUUCAAUGGAAUACGAUUUUCUAAGGGAAAAUACCAAGGUAUUGUUGAAGCUAUUGCUGGGAGUACUGAAGAAAUGCUCUUUUGCUUGAAUUUUACCCUCAUAUACCGCCCUCGUUUAAAUUAGAAUAAAUUGAGCACUU